CCAGUAUUUAUCCCCUCCCAAGCGUCGGAUUGUUGUUGACGGCGUCGCUUUGAGUGCGUGGAAUUAUUCUAUAAAUACUAAUUUCAGUGAAAUAAAUAAGGUACUAUCAGAUUCAUCGACUUGACUAUGGUGGGUAAAACAAAAAUACCGUUGAAAACUGCGUCGGAAAAAGUGGAAACGGCGGAUGUGGAGGUAAAGAAGAGGGGUAGAAGCCCAGGCAGAAAAAGCCCAAGUCGCACCAAGAGCCCCAGUCGAGCCGAGAAGAAGAGUCCUGUGAUUAACAAGAGCCCUGCAAGAAACAGAAGUCCAGGAAGAGUUAAAAAAGCUGAGAGUCCUAGCAGAAGCAGUCCUUCUCGAAGGUCACCGGCUAGACAAUCUUCAAAAAGUCAAGAAGAGCCCAAAAGUGUAUCUCGUAGAAAACAAAUCGUAAUCGAUAGUGAGGAGGACUCGGACUAUGUUGAACCAACAAAAGAAGUAAAAGAAAAACCCAAGGCAACCGUCAGAGGAAGGACGAGAAGGAUUGACAUCGAAAUUGAACCAGUAAAAAUUUUUGAUUCGAUUAAGGAUCUCGGCUCGGACGACGAGACCACCAGCUUCGUCAGCAGCAGCAGCAGCGCGAAGAGAGUGACGCGUUCUCAAAACAGGGACGUCGAACGCGUCGUGCACUUAAAACACUUCGAGGCGGUGUCGAAAAAAUUGGGCGAGUUUUCCGACGAAGACGACGUGAGCGACAUCAAGAAGGCCAGCGAUCUUUUAAACAUCAGCGGCGGUAAAAAGUCCAGAGAUUUUAGCGGCGCACUUGGCGCCCUGGCUUUUGUUUUACUGAUACCUGCCGCUGUUGUUCUCUUGAACUCCUGUGAGGGUAUCUCGUGCUCUUUCAAGAGAACGCCCGCCAUGGACAAACUUAAGUUUUUGAUCACCUGGUUUGAUCUUAAAGCUUCGCUCGUAUACGUCGCAUUUUUAACCGUAAUGGCUGUGCUCACCGCUCUGCCUUUUGGCGGGAAACGCAUCAGCGGCCUGCCGAACAAACAAGGAAAACUGGAUUACAACAUCAACUCUCUCUUCACAUUCGCCAUUGUCUUAUCCAUAGAAAUCGGCUUGCAGCUUAGAAAUAUUCCGGUGUUGAACUACAUAAUCGAUCACACAUUCCACUUUUUGAUUGCGAGCAUUGCAAGCGCUUUGGUGAUUUCGUUGUACGCUUAUAUACGGAGUUUUUACGUAUCCGUUUCGGCCCUUAACAUCAACAGCGUUGGUAGGAGUAGACUGUACAGUUUUUUCGUUGGAAAAGAAACUAGUCCCCGGAUUUUUGGAAUCAUCGAUUUGAAGCUCUAUGUCACCAGGAUUUCGGUCAUUGGAACUUUGUUAAUUAACACUGCUUACCUAUGCAAAAGCCUGGGCGUUUUGAGCCCACUACCUAAAAACGAAAACGGAACCCAGCAAGCGUUCGACAUAAAAUCCCUCAACUACGACCCGACGGUUCUCGUUUAUUUCGCACUCACCACCGUCUACUUGCUGGACUACCUGUUUGCCGAACAAACUUCCAUCAGUUCGUACAAAAUCCACCACAGCGGAUUCGGAUACGCCGCCGCCAUCGGAUCCUUGCUCUAUCCGUUCGUGUUCGCUCCCGUUAUACGUCACAUCGUCUACCUUAACGUGAAACACAACGUGUGGGUUUUGUCGACUAUUUCUUUGGUUUUCCUGAUCGGCUACAUUUUCUACAGGGUGUCAAACAACCAGAAGCACGCGUUCAAGAAGAAUCCCUACAGUCCAGCUGUUGCACAUUUCGACACAAUUCCAACUGCGCAAGGCAACAAACUCUUGGCUUCUGGUUUCUGGGGCAUCGUGCGUCACCCGAAUUACCUAGGCGACAUUUUGAUGAAUCUUUCAUUGGGCGCCUUCGUCUUGUCAGUGCCUUUGGCACUUGGAAUCCUCGGCAUAGUGCUGAAUUUGAUUUACAAAUCGGCAAGAGACAAUUCAAGGUGCCAACAGAAGUACGGAGCCGCCUGGGACCGGUAUUGCCUGAAGGUAAAAAAUAUACUCGUGCCAAAAAUUUUUUAGAUUUAAUCUUUUUUUGGGUGAGCAUUCAAAGAUGACUAGUUAUGACAUAACAAACGUAUUUAGUUAAUAUUAAAAAGAGAGCGCAUUCAAGUACAAUUAAUCAUCUUUCAAUGUGUCUGUUUGUUGUACAGAUAGAUAGAUUUUUUUUGAGGAGUGUUUAAAUCCUAUAAUUUAUUUUAUAUAUUCGACAAGAAAUAUAUUAUGACGUAGAAAUAUUUAAUUUUUAAUCUUGAAGAUUAUUUAGUUGUAGGUGAUUCUUUUUUAUAUUUGAUUGUGUAAUAUUUACAUAUGAUAUUGAGAAAAUGUGAUCCAAAUCUAGAUAAAUAUUUCUAUACAUUGGCUUUAAAUAGAUCAUGCAAUUUUUUUUUUAAAUAGUAGGUUAUCAUUUUUAUAAUUAACUAUUUAAAGAAUCGAAACAUGCUCUGUUCGAAACCAUAAUCACUAUUUUUAUAGAAUUGUUUAAAAAGUGUUACUAUUUAAAAUUCUAAUUAUCUAACAUAUAAUUGUGCAAAUUGCACCAAAUGUACUUAAUUAUCAUUUUAAAGUACAGUUUUAUAAAAAUACACUAGAAUAUUUAUAUAUUUUAUUUUUUUUAAAUAUAUUUUAUUAUUAUUUUAAAACAUUUUACUGUACAAGCAUUUUUGAAUUUUAUAUUUUUCUAUUAAUAUGUAGAUGCAUUGAGGUGGGCCGAUUCAACUAUUUUUCAAUUAUUGAAAUGUGCAAUGGUGGUAAAGUUGUGCAUUAAUAAGGCAAGGAAAAUAUAAUAGUUUUUUUAAAUCAUUUGAACUGCCGAAAAACCAAACUAUACUUGCGGCAGCACUUAUUUAUUUACUUAAUGCGCUGGUGCAUUGGGAAAGUGAGGUUAAAACCGCUUGACAGUUCUCAGAUGUCAGAAAAAUAGUUUCCUUUUCUGUUUCACAACUUUUUCGCUUAUGCAAAAUUUAUUGUUUUUUAAAUUACUUUAUAAUGUUUGGAAGCAGUUCAAAACAUAAAGAUAUAAAAAAAAAUUGUCAAAAAAUGUUUAUUUUCCUAUUUUUAAAUUCCUAUUAUUAAAAUUUAGAAAUUACAUGAAAAAUCGGCCCACCCUAAUAUGCUUGAACUAAAAUUCCCUGUUUUUUAAUUCUAUAUUUUGAUCUCAUUUUCUCAUUUUUUUUUAACCCAACCUUAUAUUAUUUUAACUUGUGAAUGUUUUCGUGAUCUCCAAAUUGAACAAAUUACUAACAAUAAAUUUAGUAUUUAACAAAAUUAUUUACUGUACAAAUUUUGUACUAUGCCUAUGAUCUCAAGUAUUGUGCAAUGUACAGUUAUUACCAUUUAUAUCACAAAAGCAUUUUUUUUUAUGAAUACAAUUAUGUUUAUUGUAAACUUAGUAUCCGGUAUUGUAAAAGUUUUAAAGGUUUGAUUGUAUGUAUAUAGGUAUUCUUUUGAUUUAAUUGAUAAUGUAAUUAUAAUUUUACGAUUAUAGUUGUGUACAAAUAAAUAAAUUUGUAAUACA